AUGUCUGGCACGAUAAUCAUUACCGGAGCUGCAGGAGGCCUUGGGCUCGCCCUUUCAGAGAUGGUCCUCCAGCGUCCGGAGCAGUAUCAUGCUGUAUUUACAGUCCGCGAUGAGGAUGCUCCGAAUGCAAAGCCACUCCAUGACCUAAUUCAAUCCAAUUCCGGCAAGCAUCGAGCCUGCAUCGUCAGUCUCGAUCUCAGCAAGUCCACCUCGAUCCGGAAUUUCUGUACCCAUAUCAAUUCGCGAGUUUCAGCCGGCGAGCUUCCACCUAUACGCGCGCUUGUGCUGAACGCGGCAUAUAUUCCCAAUGGACCUGAUCGCAAGUACGCUGAAUUCGUCGAUAACCAAGAUGGAGCAAAGAUCGAGAUGAAUUUUGCGGUCAACUAUCUCGCGAACGUGCUGCUUGCGCUCCUAUUGCUGGAGAGCAUGGACAAACUGGCCGGACGCAUAGUAUACGUCUCGAGCAUUGCGUCUAACCCUGCGAAGGGCAAAGUCAGCUCGAACGAGCUGCUGUGGGAUCCUGAGGAUCUUGCCUUUGCGCGACAGCUGCCUUCAGCCGGUAGUGAGGCGAGUGACGGUAUGAGACGGUACGGCAGGUCGAAGUUGUGUCAGAUCAUGUUCAUGCAAAAGCUGCAAAAGCACCUUAACUCGACGCCCAGUUUGAAUGAACUAUGUGUCGUUGGUGUCGACCCCGGCGUGAUGGUUCACCCAAAUCUCAUCAGGAAGCACAGCAAUAAUAGUAUAAUUAUAGAAAAGCUCAUCGGACCGGCACUCAUGGCGUAUUCCAAGGUUGCACAAUAUGUGUGGCCAAAUGGAACUUUCCGCACCGUGAACAAGUCCGCGUCGGACAUCAUGAGCGCUGCACUAGAUCUCGAUAGCCAAGGCGAGUGUUUGAAAGGCGCGUACUUGAAUGGCUCAAAGCAUGAGGAACCUACUGCGUGGGCGAAGGACGAGGAUAAGCAGAAUGAAAUCUGGGAGUUUAGCCUGAAGUUGGUCAGAUUGAACAAGAGCGAGCUCGGGUUGUGCUAG